UGGGAGGAUGCGCUGGAGGACGGGCUGGAUAGCCAGCCGGAUAAUGGGAUUUAACAGAACCAUAUGAUCCGGUUCCGACCGUUCCCCCGUUCCUUUCCCCUUUCACACACAAGCCUCGGUGGCUGCUCCGUUGCCACCUUCCGCUUCAUUCCGCGUCCCUACAGUCGUUCAGCUUCUGUUCUGCCUGGAGACAGGCGGCGCAUCGAGGCGACGCCACCAGAGUCCUGUCGGGCCUGAUCAGAAUAUUUCCCUCAUCUGUGAUCAGUGCUCAGCAAUACCUCAACUAAAAUAGCAGUCCUGCCUCUCAAUGUUAUGGCUGUGGGGUUUGUGCUUCUCUUGUCCCUCCUGCUCCCGUUCCCACACCCAUCUCUGGGUGUGUCUCCUCCCUGUCCUGCCGGCUGUCGCUGCUACAGCCUCACUGUGGAGUGUGGCUCCACCGACCUGAGGGACAUCCCCAGACUCAUUCCUCCUUCCACUCAGACCAUCUUUCUCCAAGACAAUGUGAUCAGUCAGAUUCGCCAAGUGGACCUCACGCUGCUGAAGCACCUUCAUUAUCUGUAUCUGCAGAACAACACCAUUUCAGGUGUGGAGCCCGGCUCUUUUCGGGACCAGAGCCAGCUGUUGGAGCUCGCCCUGAAUGGAAACCGGAUCCACUUGCUCACACCGAACAUGCUUCAGGGGCUCGAACAGCUCCGCAUACUGUACCUGUCAGGAAAUGACAUCACACGCCUGCUGGACUAUACCUUCCAGGGUUUACAGCGUCUGCAGGAGCUCCACUUGCAGCAGAACAGCAUAGAGACGAUAGCAGACAAGGCUCUGUUUGGUUUGACUUCUCUGGCUCUGCUGGACCUGAGCAGGAAUAACCUCCACACCAUUGGUCCUACAUCCCUGCAGCCGCUGGUUAGCCUGCAGGUACUGCGGAUUACAGAUAACCCCUGGCGCUGUGAUUGUGCUCUCCACUGGCUGAGGAGGUGGAUUGAUGAAGAUGGUCAGCGUCUGCUCAGCUCUGCUGAACGCCGGCUGGUCUGCAAUGAGCCGCCACGUCUUUCCCACCUCAGCCUUGUGGAAGUCCCACUCAACAGCCUGGUGUGUAUCCCUCCAGUAGUUCAGCUGGAACCAAGAAGGUUGGCAGUCCAUCUGGGGGAGAGCCUCAGGGUGUCCUGCCAUGCCUCUGGCUAUCCUAGGCCACAAGUGACUUGGAAGAAAGCAUCUCAAAGUCAAGUGGUGGACUCCCCUCGAGGCCUGGUUCAGGAUCUGGGUGCUAGAGGAGGGGAAGGGUCAGAGGAGCCGUUUGUAGGCAGAGUUAGCCUCCAGAAGACUGCCGGCGAGUACUUUGACCCUGAUACUGGCAGUGGCAUGCUGUUCCUCAGUAAUGUGACUGUGGCCCAUGCAGGUUUUUAUGAAUGCGAGGCCUGGAAUGCAGGAGGUGUAGCCCGGGUGACUUUUCAGCUUGCUAUCAACUCAUCCACUUCUUCCUCAAUCUGGGCCUCAUGGUCUCAGGUUUCCUCAGCGUACUCCCCAGCUUGGCCCCGGCUGAGGAACAGCAGCCCGGUUUUGGGUUCUGAUGUGAGCCGGGAGCCGCUAUAUGCUCUGGGCAGCAUGGCCUUCAGUGCUCUGGGAGCUGCCACUCAGACUGCCAUCGCUGUGGGCAUCUCCCUGCUGGCUUUGACUGCUCUGCUGCUAGUAGCCAUGAUCUACAGCCGACAUCACCAGCGGGACAAGGACGCCGAUGGUGCUGAAAAGCAGGAGGAGAGUAUCCUGUACGUGAAUGACUACUCUGACGGCCCCACCACCUUUGCCCAGCUAGAAGAGUACCGUGAUGAACAAGGCCAUGAAAUGUAUGUACUGAACAGAGCCAAGCCUGUGCUUCCCCCGCCAGUCUCCACUACUGAUCUGGACUGCCACGCACCAUCCAACACCUCCAGCCAAACCAUGUCCAUUGGGCCAGGCAAAACUACAAAUCCCACUGUCCCUCAGAACAAACAGGAGCAGCAAGAGAUUGACAUUCGAACCACAAGACGCAUUGCAGGGGAAGGAGGGGAAGCAGAGCCUAUUAUCACAUCAGAGGCUGAAGGGUUGUUUCUCAACCACACUGGGGUGUUUAUGGAAUCUCAAAUAGCUUAUGAGAUCCACUGCUAAAGGACUGCAGACAAACAGAAUUGUACCUUAAAAAACCUCAUUGUUUAAUUUAGCAAUGAAGGAUAAAGGCUCCCCCUGCUGAAGUGUUCAGGAACACUAGGACAGACCUGAACAAUCCUGAAUAAGAUAAAGCUCAACCUGAAAACAGUUCAACCUUAACACAGAACUGCACUCAGAUAGGCUAUUGGGUUACCUGCUAUUAAGUAGCAGGUAACCCAUGAGACGGGGGAGCUGAUCUCCAGAGCUCCCCUCUGGAGCUGAUCUCAUCCAUGACAGCAGAAGACCUAUACUAUUACUGUGGAAAGAAACUGGUAAAAAGUUAACCACACUAUAAAGUUUCUCCUGUUACGUUCUAGGGAAAGCUUGUGUGGUCGAAUAACAUGUUCAUCGAUGUACAGAAACUUUGUUGAACCACUAGAAGGAUGUACAGUUAGAUCAGGUGGAUAAAAAUAGAGUUUUGUAGUUAUAGAUAAAAUAUUUGAAAUCUGA